UCUGAAGGUUUUUGUGGGUACGGCCUACCUACUAGUUCCUCUGUUAACCGCCACUUAGCGACAUUAGUUGGCUGAAAAACCUAGUUUAGUGUCAGCUGAAGGUGAAGGUAGAAUUCCUGUGUGUCAGUGGAGCAGCACAGUGUCAGCUGUUUACAGACUCAUUGAAGUUCAUCAUCAGAGUGAAAAUUGGACUAUACAUUUCAGCACCUACAGCCACAUUUUAUCCCAACCUACUCCUUUUCAGACCGCACUCUCUGCCAGAAUGACAGAUAACCAAACCCAUGUGAACACAGAGGCUCAGGAUGCUCCACGCUUUAACCUGCCACCCUUUAACCCCAAGGGGGAGGUUCAAACUGACACCUCUCCACCAUUCAAGCCACCUCCCUACUCCGAAGCGCCAGCCAUCUACCCUCCUGAGGAAGGGGGAGUGGUCGCGCCCAUCCCACCUGAAGAGUUUAACUCUGUUGGAGAACCAGUCACAGUGACAAACUCCGCUCUGUUGAUGUCCUCUUUCGAUGACGUUACAAUAAGGAAGGCGUUCAUCAGAAAGGUGUUCAGCGUUGUGACCUUGCAGUUGGUGGUGACCUUCAGCAUUGUGUGUGUGUUCACGUUCUCCAAUGUGGUGCGGAAGGCGGUGCAGAAAAACAUCUGGGUCUACCUCAGCUCCUACAUCUUGUUUGUUGUGGUGGCCAUGUGCCUCAUUUUCUGCAGCUCCUUAAGCAGGAAACAUCCCUGGAACCUGGUGGCACUGUCAGUGGUUACUCUCAGCCUCUCCUACAUGGUUGGUACUGUGGCCUCAUUCCAUAACACUGAUUCUGUAGUCAUCGCAAUGGGAUCAACGGUGGUCAUCUCGUUUGCCAUCAUCAUCUUCUCCUUCCAGACUCGAGUGGACUUUACAGUCUGUAAUGGCAUAUAUCUGGUGUUGGCAAUGGACCUUCUUACGUUCAGCUUUUUUUGCUGUUUCUACUACUCAAAUGUGCUGCAGAUUGUCUACGGAACGCUGGGAGCCCUGUUGUUCUCACUGUUCCUAGCCAUUGACUGCCAGCUGGUGAUGGGAAGACAGAAGUACGCCCUGGAUCCAGAGGAAUAUGUGUUUGCUGCCCUGAUCCUCUACUUGGACAUCAUGAACAUCUUCCUCUACCUGCUCAUCCUAAUGGGAGGCUCUAGCAAAUAAACAUCACCUGGCAGAAACCUA